UCACAGCCGCCGCUGCAAACAUACACACAUGUGAUAGGUGGCUUCAUGUAGGACGUCGUUGCUCACACAGGGAUUUGAGCUUGGGAGCACGCUCCAGCAUUCUCUCGAUGUCUCGCCCAAUUGCAGGCGAAGAAGAGAUGGAAACUGCCACCGUUGGAAUCUGCACACACACACAAAUCCGCACAGAUGCACUCCCAGCUGUGACCAUCACAAACAGUGACACGUACGACCAUCCUUCGACGUAGAGCUCCUCGAGUUGCGAAAAGGCCACAGUGGCCGGCGAUGUCGGCACAUGGCCUUGAUCGAAGUAGUAGUCCCAGUCCUCCCCCGCACAGAGCUUCAUGCGCGUGAUUGUGUCGCGAGACGCCUCGAUUCACUCGAGAGGGAAGAAGAGGGCCCUCCAGUGACUGCUGACGUGCACCGUCCGCAGCCGACUCUGCAAGGAGACAGACAGACAGACAGACAGGAGACACAGUUAGCUGCCUCUUCUAGUUGGUGCACUCUAUUGGAGCCCACCCACCAGUUUCUGCUUCAGUUUGUGGAGCGUCUCGUCCUCUCUCUGCCGCCUGAGGACCGCCCCGUCACCCUCCCCUCAUCAUUGUUUCCCCCCUCCUCCCCUCUUUCUUCGUCAGCUUCCUCCCGCUCUUCAUCCUCGUCGCUCUUCGCGUCGCCAUGGAUGCCGAUCUCCUCAAGUGUCCGACCGGCGUUCAUCCGAAUGCUCCGACCCCACCACUCUCGCUCGUCCUCACCAAUCACUAAGUGGCGGUACACGCCCCUCGUGUCGUCGGUGACGUGCUGCUUGAUGAACUUGUUGACGCGGGAGAGGGGCGCGGCGUCUUUGGUGGGCAGGAGGGCCAACACGAUGUGCGCCACGUCGGGCGGCAGGCCGUCGAGACUCGGACGACCCGAGUAGGGCUGACGAAGAACACAGCGCACAGACACGUGUCUGUACGUGGAUAUCUCGGUUCAUCUCGUUGUGUGGCUUGCCUGGGCUGCUAUGGCGUCUGGUGGGAGGGGUUCGUUGGCGAUCGGUUGAGGGGCAGGCGGCUUGGCGACGGCCACGCCGCCGAGUGUCUUGAUGAGACCCCGUAGCAUGUCAUAUCGCGACACGACCGACUGAUCCAACUUCUGCAGGCUGUUCGACAGCCGCGGCAUCUGUCAAGACACACAUCAGCACUCACAGACAGAAGGAGAAAAGUGUGUGUGUGUGUGUGUGUGUACCUUGUCGGCCAGGGUGGGAGUGACGUAUGGUCGCACCUCUGAGAGCACAACCGCCGUCUGCGCCUCCAGUAAUUUGAUCUUCUUCAACAGUGGGACCAGCUGACGCACAUUCGCCUUGUCAGCCUGACGGAAUGAGGGAACACACGGGCACACACAUGGCCGACAAGUGUGUCUGCGUGUCGUCCAUGCAGGUGGGUCUGUCGCUGACCCAGUCUAUGAUGGGCCGCAU